GGGGCGCGGGGCGCGGGCGCGGGCGCGGGCAGCAUGGAGGAGCUGAGCAGCGUGGGCGAGCAGGUCUUCGCCGCCGAGUGCAUCCUGAGCAAGCGGCUCCGCAAGGGCAAGCUCGAGUACCUGGUCAAGUGGCGCGGCUGGUCCUCCAAACACAACAGCUGGGAGCCAGAGGAAAAUAUCCUGGACCCAAGGCUGCUCCUGGCCUUCCAGAAGAAGGAACACGAGAAGGAGGUGCAGAACCGGAAGAGAGGCAAGCGGCCCAGGGGCAGGCCGAGGAAGCACACGGUGAUGUCCUGCAGCCGGCACUCCAAGCUCAAGGAACCCGACGCUCCCUCCAAAUCCAGCAGCUCCUCCUCUUCCUCCACGUCUUCUUCCACUUCCUCAGAUGAAGAGGACGACAGUGAUUUAGACGCCAAGAGGGGUCCCCGGGGCCGCGAGACCCACCCAGUGCCUCAGAAGAAGGCCCAGAUCUUGGUGGCCAAACCGGAAUUGAAGGACCCCAUCCGGAAGAAGCGAGGCCGCAAGCCCCUGCCCCCGGAGCAGAAGGCGGCCCGGAGACCCGUGAGCCUGGCCAAGGUGCUGAAGACUGCCCGGAAGGACCUGGGGGCGCCGGCCAGCAAGCUGCCCCCGCCGCUCAGCGCCCCUGUGGCAGGCCUGGCAGCCCUGAAGGCCCACGCCAAGGAGGCGUGCAGUGGCCCCGGUGCCAUGGCCACCCCGGAGAACCUGGCCAGUCUGAUGAAGGGCAUGGCCGGCAGCCCCAGCCGGGGCGGCAUCAGCUGGCAGAGCUCCAUCGUGCACUACAUGAACCGAAUGAGCCAGAGCCAGGCCCAGGCCGCCAGCAGACUGGCGCUCAAGGCCCAGACUGCCGGCAAGUGCGGCCUCGGGCUGGACCUCAAGGUGAGGACGCAGAAGGGGGAGCUGGGGUUAAGCUCCCCAGGAAGCAAAGUCCCAAAGGCCCCCAGCAGUGGGGCUGUGGAGCAGAAAGGGGGGGGCGCAGGGGGGCCCCCCUACAUCCACAGUAGCAGCAAGGGCCCUGCUGGGUGCCUGGGCCCCCAGCCUGCACCCACCCAGGAGCUGAGCCUCCAGGUCUUGGACUUACAGAGUGUCAAGAACGGCACAGCUGGGGUGGGCAUGGUUGCCCGCCAUGCCACGGCCAGCAAGGGUGUCCCUGCCACCAACCCAACCACCGGGAAGAGCGCCGGGGGUGGCCUCACCGGGGGGAGCGGGGCCACCGUGCCCUCCGACACCAGCAAGAGUGAGAAGCUGGCUUCCCGGGUGGCAGCUCUGCCCACUUCUGCAGGCAAGAGGGACUGUAUGAAGGGCAGCGCGGCCCCCAGCAGUCAGGAGGGCCACACGGCCCCCGGCGACGCCCGCAAGUUGGCCUUGGCUUCAGAGCUGAGCGCCGGCGAGGAGAGUAGCUCCGACUCAGACCCCGGCUCCGCCUCGCCACCCGGCGCCAGACAAAACCCAUCAGUGUCGGUCCAGACCAGCCAGGACUGGAAGCCCACCCGCAGCCUCAUUGAGCACGUCUUCGUCACCGACGUCACUGCCAACCUCAUCACGGUCACGGUGAAGGAGUCCCCUACCAGCGUGGGCUUCUUCAACCUGAGACAUUACUGACACCCUGUGGCCACCCGGCUGCCUGGCUCUGGCCUCUGGCUUUGCUUUGAUAACUGCCCUGCACCCCAGGCCCUUUCCAGGGGCCGGGUGGCCUCCAAGGGCAGGCUCGGAGGGGACUUGCCCUGGCCCUGCCUGUGAUUUCAGGUGGGACAGUACCUUGAUGCCUUGCCGAGGCCUGGCCUUGCCCUCGUUCCUACCUCUGGGCCUUUGCUUCACUUCCCACAUGCCUCAGGAAGUCCUUCUGUGUCUCUGGCCUAACAUUCCUCAAGGCUGUCAGGUUUGCUGUUUGACCUGCCCUGCCUGCCCUGCGGCGACAGGGUGGUGCUCAGCUCUGCUCUGGAUUUCCAGGGGGCACGGCUUGUAGAGGAGGGAUCCAGGCUGGUAGUCCCUGCCCAACAGUGGGAUGGGGGCAGGGCAAGGCCUUGACCUCUCCAGGGCUCAAGUUAGGUUUUUACAAGAGGGCCUGGGGUGGGGGGCAAGUAAGGGGCCUCGCCAAUCAGUGCUCCCCUUAGGGCAGUGCCUGACGGCUGAGGACUGGGGGCCUGGAUGGAGGAGGACCGGUGCUGGCUGGUGGGGUGCUCAGUGCCCUGUAACCCUGGUUCCGGUCAACAACUGCAGCGCCCCUGGGGUUGCGCUGGGAGUCACAGACUGGGAAGGGCUAGUCCCAGAGCUGUUUCACCUGGAGCCUCCAUGUUCGGGGUUGGGGGGGGUGGCAGAAGCAGAAGGGGUCGCUGUCACUGCCCUUUAUACUUUUUUUUUUUUUUUUUUUUUUUUUUUUUGCUGUUCUGUGCAAGGACAGCUGUGGCCCCACACAUGGCCCCAAGAGCCCCUGGAAGGUGGGGGUGUGCAGGCAAUUACUGGAGUAGAUCCACCCUCCCAGGGCCUGCUGGCUUCCAGCUGUCGUGUGGGUGUUCGGUGCUGCUCCCGCCCAUGCCCACCUCUGCCCAGGAGGAUGGGCACUGCCUCUCCCUGACAAUCCCUCCCACCUUUGGGGGUUCUGAGUGCCCCACCUGGCAGAGGGCCCCAGAAAGGCCAAAUCUACCAGCCCAACUACCCCCCACCCCCCACCCCGGCUGUCUGGGAGCUGCCUUGUAUGGCUUGGGGCAGGAAGGUGGGUCAGGGAGCUGGGUCACCAGGUCUUUGUGAUGCCAAAAGAAAAGUGGAGGUGGGGUCGUCUUCUGCCUCAGCUCUUGCUGGAAGCCAGCCAGCAGGUGUGGCCGCUCCCUUGGUCCUGUUGCCUUGAUGGCAGGGGAGCCCAGGCUUACCGAGGGGUGGGCCUGCCAGACCUCCAGCCCCCUAGCCCCUCCUCCUCCUCGCCAAAUAGAAAGAGAUGGCUUUUGUACGUCUGAAUCCAUUUCAACAGCGUGCCUUUGGGGACAGAUGCGUGUCCAGGACCUUGUCAGGGGUUCUCCAGGUGCAGCUUCUCCGUCUCCUGCGUGGUGGCCACACGGGGCGGCGGCCAGAGGGUGCCCAUCUUGGCAGACCUGAGGGCUGAGAGUCCCAGACAACCAGGCUCAAACUGGAAUGUGGGCAGUAAAGGGGAGAACUGCCCCCUCCACUGCCCCAGGAGGCGGGAAGAGCUUGCAGGUGACUGCACAGUGUGGAAGAAGGCGCCCAGCACACUGGGCCACAGACGCCGGCUCCCCGUCCAGCUCUAGACACCCAGAUGCACCCUGGCAGUGGAGACGGGGGCUCCUGUGGGCUGCCCCCGCCAGGCGGCCAGGUUUUGCGACUCCCCUUCUGCCUUAGGCUGCAGAGCCAGGCCCACAGCAGCUCCCCGAGCCCCGCGGGCUAAGCCUGGGCUCCUGCGGGCCUCUGGACACACGUGUGUCAGCGCUGACCCGCCGCCCCCAGCAGCCGGGUCUCCGAACCCCCACGUGGUGCCUUUCUGUUUACCAGCUCUUUCAAUCCCAAAGUUGAAUCUGCAAACACCUUACUCCAGCCACUUUGCCUUCUCGCUGUGUUGUGGUUUCUUUGGUGCUUGGGACUCCAUGUGGUUUCUGUUUAAAAGGGUGUGUGUGUGGUGUGUGUGUGUGACUGCCUUUGCUGAAGAGUUGAAUGUCAUGUUUACCAAUAAAAGUAGUACUUUUUUUAUUUGCUGCUAUGUGUAUGCACGUGUGUGUGUGUGUGUGUGUGUGUGUGUGUGUGUGUGUGGCGCUGGGGAUCAGCCACAUCGGAGACCCCUGGUCUGUUCUGCGGGGUUACCCACAUGGACUGCAUCACGGUGUAUACUGAAUGGGUGUGUGAAUCCUGUCGUGUCUUUGUUUGCUUGCAACGGAUAGGAAGAAGUGGCCAGCCAGUCCGUCCUUGUCUUAAGAGGGUUGGACAUAUUUUUAUAUAUAUUUUUUGGUACCAAAAAGAGUGUACCUUGAUCUGGUUACACUCAAAAUUCUGACCUGACUAAGAAGGCUCUGGGCCUGGAGGUUUCACGAGGGGGGGAUGGGGAGGAGAAACGGGGAGGACCAGAGCUUUGGACCAGUGCCAAUGGCUGGCUUGAUUUGUGUUUUUUAAUUAAAAAGAAAAAAAUCAUUCAUGUAUGCCACUUCUAAUUGCUUUAAACUAUGGCUGUUUGUUUGCUUUUUUUUAAAAGAGAGGGAACAAAAGUGAAGAUGUUAUUGCCCCGGGAAGCCUGAGAUCUUUGUUGAAGCAGGGCUGCCGCCCAGCCCCCAUAUUCAAUCAGGACCUGCCAGUUGGAGAAAAUGCUUCCCCCAGGAAGCCCGCCAUGGUUGGGGGGAGGGGUGGGAGGAGGGGCGAGGUAGUGCCUAGAUGACCAGAUUUUUGCUCAAGUACAUCUUAAGAUUCUGUUGUUUUUCUAGUAUUUUUGGAAAACUAACACUAGGCCUAGGUUGCAGGUUUUGGGGGGGGGGUUUUUGUUGUUCUUUUGACGUUAAUUUAUUUUGCAGGGGAACGACCUUAGAGUGAGUGGUGUCAGGUUUUUGUCUUUGUUAACUUUUAGUACAUCAAUAAAUCUUUUCUUUAACUUGUCA